AUGAGCCAAGAACAUCAAUUCCACUUUGACACACUUCAAUUGCAUGCUGGUCAGACUCCUGACCCUGCUACCAAUGCUCGUGCUGUGCCUAUUUAUGCUACCUCCUCCUUUGUCUUUAAUGACGCUGAUCAUGGGGCUGAUUUGUUUGCUCUUCGCAAACCUGGCAAUGUUUAUUCUCGCAUUAUGAAUCCUACCAAUGAUGUGCUUGAGAAGCGUAUUGCCGCCCUUGAGGGAGGCGCUGCUGCAGUCUUGACAUCUUCAGGUCAAGCUGCACAAUUCACUGCCAUCACUACUCUUGCUAGUGCGGGUGAUAAUAUUGUAUCCAGUGCUUCAUUGUACGGCGGUACCUAUAUCCAAUUAAAGGUCUUGUUGCCUCGCCUUGGCAUCAAUGUCAAGCUUGUUCCUAAUGACGAUCCUGAGGAGAUUAGAAAGGCCAUUGAUGAUAAAACCAAAGCUGUCUAUGUUGAAAGUCUCGGUAACCCUAGUUUUAGUAUCCCAGAUUUCGAGGGUAUUGCUCAAGUUGCUCAUGAAAAUGGUGUUCCGUUGAUCGUAGACAAUACAUUUGGUGCUGGUGGUUACUUGAUUAAACCCAUUGAACAUGGUGCUGACAUUGUUGUUCAUUCUGCAACAAAGUGGAUUGGAGGCCAUGGUACAACCGUUGGUGGUGUCAUGAUCGAUUCUGGCAAGUUCAAUUGGGCCAAUGGCCGAUUCCCUGAUUUCACAGAACCCUCUGAAGGCUACCACGGCAUGGUCUUUACCGAGGCAUUUGGCAAUGUAGCGUUUGCUGGUCGUUUCCGCACUGAAGGUGUACGUGAUAUUGGUGCUUGUCAGAACCCGUUUGCCUCCUUUUUACUGCUGCAGGGUGUGGAGACAUUAUCUCUCAGAGUGGAGCGCACAGUUGCCAACGCUCUUGAAUUAGCUCGUUGGUUGGAAAAGAGAGAUGAUGUGAGCUGGGUCUCUUACCCUGGCCUUGAAUCACACCCUUAUCAUGAACGUGCUCUCAAAUACAUGAAGCAUGGCUUCGGUGGUGUGCUAACUUUUGGUGUCAAAGGCGAUUCCAAGACCUUUAUCAAUAACUUAAAACUGACAUCUCAUUUAGCCAACGUGGGUGAUGCCAAAACUUUGGCUAUUUGUCCUGCUUUGACUACACACCAGCAGUUGAGCGACGAAGCACAAGUUGCUGCUGGUGUCACUAAAGACAUGGUUCGUGUCUCUGUGGGCAUUGAGCACAUUGAUGAUAUCAAAUGGGAUUUUGAUCAAGCACUCAAGAAGGCCUUUGCUUCUGCUUCUGCCUAG